CCAGCACGAGACAGAAGGAGGAAGAACUUGCACCAGAGCUCCUGAUUCUCAGCGGCUGCUCCCAGCUAGGCAGCGCUGCCAGAGGGCUUCCAGCCUCACUGCAGUUCCAGAAGAGGAGCCAAAGUAAAGGCUUGAUGUGAGGCACUUUCUGUGGGAUUUGGAGGCUCCCUUCCCUGAGGCUGAAGUCACAGGGAUGCCUUUCCUCUUGCAGAAAAUGCCUCGUGACUGCUGCCUCUGGCUGCCAGCAGUGACCUGGGUGCUUCUGCUGCUGCUGACAACAGCCUUUGCCGCAGAGUGUCCCAAGAUCAAGGUGGGGACAUGCAAGAACUGCAUCCAGUCUGGCCCUGGCUGCGCCUGGUGCAAGAAGCUGAAUUUCACCAAAACUGGUGAGCCAGACUCCAACCGCUGCGACACCGUAGAGCAGCUGCAGCAGAGGGGAUGCCCAGAAAAUGAGAUUGAGUUUCCUGUCAAUGAAAUCAAAAGGAUGCAGGACAGUACGUUCAGCAAUAAGAUACAGCUGACUCCCCAGGAGGUCCAUCUGAAGCUGAGGAUAAGGGAGCCUGCUGAAUUUGAUGUGAAGUUUCGCCGUGCCACAGGGUACCCCAUUGAUAUCUACUACCUCAUGGACCUCUCCUAUUCCAUGCUGGAUGACCUGGAGAAUGUGAAGAAGCUGGGAGGACAACUGCUUAGAGCCCUAGAGAGUACCACACCCUCUCGCCGCAUAGGUUUUGGUUCCUUUGUGGACAAGACGGUACUGCCUUUUGUCAACACACACCCUGAGAAGCUGAAGAACCCUUGCCCCAACAAGGACAGUAAUUGCCAGCCUCCCUUCGCCUUCAAGCACAUCCUCUCACUAACUGAUAAUGCUGAGAAGUUCGAGAGUGAAGUGGGCAAGCAGUUCAUCUCAGGGAACCUGGAUGCCCCAGAAGGCGGGCUGGAUGCCAUGAUGCAGGCAGCAGUGUGUGGAGACUUGAUUGGUUGGCGCAAUGUGACCCGAUUGUUGGUGUAUGCAACUGAUGAUGGCUUCCACUUUGCUGGUGAUGGCAGACUCGGGGGCAUUUUGACCCCCAACGAUGGCCAGUGCCACUUGGAGGACAACAUGUACAAAAAAAGCAAUGAGUUUGACUACCCUUCUGUUGGCCAGCUGGUCCAGAAACUUGCUGAAAACAAUAUUCAGCCCAUUUUUGCUGUCACGAGCAAGAUGGUGGAUGUUUACAAAAAACUCAGUGAAAUGAUCCCAAAGUCAGCAGUAGGGGAGCUGAAUGAGGACUCCAGUAACAUCAUUGAACUCAUUCAGGUGGCUUACAAUAACCUCUCCUCACGGAUCAUCCUGGACCACUCCACCCUGCCAGAUGACCUGGAUGUCAAAUAUGACUCCAUCUGCAAUAACAACACAGGAGCCAAGAAUGAAGCAAGAGGGCAAUGUGACAAUGUUAAGAUCAAUGAUGAGAUCACCUUCAAAGUGAAGGUCACAGCAAGUGAGUGCAUCAAAAGCCAGUCCUUCACCAUCCGGCCACUGGGCUUCACAGACACGCUCACUGUGCACCUGAACAUCAUCUGUGACUGUGACUGCAGAGAGCAGCCUGAUCCAACAGCCUGUGGUGGAAAUGGCAAAGUUGUCUGUGGGAUCUGCAGUUGCAAUUUGGGCUACACGGGAAAGAACUGUGAGUGUGACACCAAAGGCAGGACCAGCAAAGAGCUGGAGGGCAGCUGCCGAAAGGACAACAGCUCAGUCAUCUGCUCGGGGCUGGGGGACUGCGUGUGUGGGCAGUGUGCCUGCCACACCAGUGAUGUGCCCGGCAAGGAGAUCUAUGGCACCUUCUGCGACUGCGACAACAUGAACUGCGAGUUCCACAACGGCUCGCUGUGCGGUGGUGAGGAGCGUGGACGCUGCGACUGCGGUGAGUGCAAGUGCACACCCAAGUAUGAAGGCAGUGCCUGCCAAUGCAAGAAGUCGACUGAUGGCUGUAGGAACAGCCGGCAGAAUGAGUGCAGCCUGCGUGGCUCCUGCCACUGCAACCGCUGCCAGUGCCGGGGGGGCUACCAGCCCCCCUUCUGCGAGGAGUGCCCUGGCUGCCCUUCACCCUGCGGCAAGCACAUUUCCUGCGUGGAGUGCAAGUCCUUCAAUAGUGGGCCACUGAAAAAGAACUGCUCUGUGGCCUGCACCAACAUCCAGCUGGCUGACCAGCCACGGGCAGGGAGCUGGCAGUGCAAAGAGAAGGACUCUGAGAACUGCUGGAUCUCCUUCUUUAUGGCCCAGGAUGAUGGGGAGGAGAUGUACACCGUCACCGUUGACCCUAAGAAAGAGUGCCCAGAGCCUCCCAGCGUCCCGCUGAUUGUAGGCAGCACCAUUGCUGGCGUGGCUCUCAUUGGCCUCCUGCUCCUGCUGAUUUGGCGGCUCUUGGUGGAGAUCUUCGACCGCCGAGAAUACCGCAGGUUCGAGAAGGAGAAAUCCAAGGCCAAGUGGAACGAAGCUGAUAAUCCCCUGUUCAAGAGUGCCACCACCACCGUCAUGAACCCCAGAUUUGAUGGGCAAUGAACUAUAGUGAUGCCUGGGAGCACUAGGACCCACCACUAAAUGAAAUGCCAAACAGGGAAAUUUCAGGCUCCCACCUCUUCUUUAUUGUGUUGUUUUUAACCCUUCUUCCAAGAGGCUACCAGUAUCCAGGUGCUGGCUGAGGGGCUGCACAGUACCUGUCCUCUCUCACAUAGCUGUCUGGUUGCACUGUGGGAGGAGGGAACAUCAGUGUCAUGGACAGAGCUGCAGAGCAGAUCUUACCAACAGGCACUCAACCCAGCUUCAUAUCAGUUUCCAUCUGUCCUAGCUCCUGGUGCUAGCUCUGCUUUGUGGCAGGACCUUCAGAUGCCAAGUCCCAUCUUAAGAGACUUAGUGCAAAAAGUUUUCCCAAUGAGUUCAAAACUGCUAUUUCCCUUCUGCUCCAGCAGGCUCCACUCCUAGGCUGCUCCAUGCCCUGCUGCACUGCUCUGCAGUUACACUUGCAGCUUGUUCCUAAACUACUCAUUGCUGAAAUGGACAGGGAAGGUCUCCAGAUGGGCAGUCUGCUCUUGUUGCUGUACCCAGAAAUGAUGGACAGCCAGAAAACAAACAGAGAAUCUGGUUUUUAAAUCAUCAGCUGCUCCCCAGUGUUACUUCCCUCUUAGACCUAUCUCGGGCUCCUCCACAUUUCUACCUGGGCUUCUGUGAGCUUUGCUUACCUCCACCACGCAACCCACUGCAUGGCAAAGAAGCAAAGGAGCAGCAGAUUGAAUUGUGGAACAUCAACAUCAGAGGUGUUGAAUGUGUGAAACAGUGCUUGCAGCUUUGAGCUCAACCACAGCUUCUUCUGCCACCACUAGGACCAGAUCUCUUUCCUACUCUGCGAGUCCAUCAGACUUGCUGAGGAUCAGCAAUGCAAAAGACCUGGCAUCACACAUAAAAUCUCCAGCUCAGUGCUUUUUCAAAUUCUGCGCAGCUACUUGUUCCUUUUGUAUUAUGGGUUCAUUCUUUUGAAAUACAUGUACGGUUGUGUACUUGCUUCAAGUUUGGGAAUAAUUUGCAGAUAAUUUUACGUCCAAUCUCCGUUAGCUUUAUGAAUAUGUUUAAAGUUAAUAAAAAUUAAUAUAUAUAGUAAA